AUGGAUAGCAUCGAGAAGGAAGGGGACAACGAGAGAGGAUAUUGGUCAAAGCACUCUUCUGCCAACGGAUAGACUUAUUACUACAACGUGAAGACAGGCCAAUCCUAGUGGGAGAAACCAGAGUGUCUUUAAGAUGAAGAAUCUGAAGUAGAAGAAGAAUGGUAACAAUACUUGACAGAGGAUGGUAAGCCUUAUUGGUACAAUCGCAAUACAAGGGAGAGUAAAUGGCAGAAGCCAGAGGAAGAGCAAGAUACAUCAGGUGAGGAAGAGGACAUCAUCCCGCCAAAUCCGAUUGACUAAUUCACGCAAUUACUGAAGGAUAAUAAGAUUACUUCAAGCGUAAAGUGGGAUUCAGUUGUGAAGCAAUUGCAAAGUGAUUCAAGAUGGAAAUGCAUAGGGAGUAUCAGUCAUAAGAAGAAGAUCUACAAUCAGUAUUUGGAGGAGAUGAAGAAACAAGAGAAGGAGGAGAACAAAACCAAAUUGAGCAUGGCAAAGGAGGAUUUUAUGAAGAUGUUGGAGGAACACAAGAUCCUCUCUUCGGACAUAAAGUUAUGGAAAGUAUAAAGUUAUCUUGUUACAGAUGCAAGAUGGAAAGCAAUCCCUGAUGAAAAGGAAAGGGAAAAUUUAUUCCAGGAUUAUUUAGAUAAGUUAUAUAAGCAAGAGUAGGAGCUGAUGAAGGAGAGUCGCAAAACUACCACUGAGGAUUUCAGAAAGAGGUUACAAAGACAUAUAGAAAUAGGAGUCUUAAGUCAUAGUUCCACUUGGGAUGAGUGCUUAAAGUUAUUCAGUCAGGAUAGACUCUUGUAACAGAUGUUGCCAAUCGAUGCUCUCGGAGUUUUCGAAGAGGUCAUCAAUCCGCUCUAUGAACAAUGGAGAUAGUCAAUCAUCUCUAAAUACAGGUAGAAUAGGAUCAACUUCAGGGAAUUGCUCUAGGAACACCUGGCAGAAGGCUUAUUGACACAUAAGACUAAAUGGGGUUAAUUUGUAUAGACAAUAUAAUAAGAUGAUAGAUUUAUUUGCAUGCUCGGACAACCAGGCUCUCAACCUCAUGAGUUGUUUUAAGAUUUCAUUUCAAAUUUAAAGUAGAACCACUAGCUCUAUAAAUCGGAGUUAAAGAUGCAUCUCUAACAAAAGGGAGUCAAGGUGUUGACCAAUGUUAGCUUUGAGGAAGUGGAAGCUUACUUUGUUGAUAACUAGAUCUGGACGAAAAUGCCAUCUCAUGAGAAAAAAUAUUAUUAUCGUUACUUCCAAGAAAACAUUAAGUAGUCAUCCAACAUUCAGAGCAAACGAUAUAAAAAGAUGUGUAAAAGAUACAUUAAAUUAUUAAAAUCAUUGCCUGAUUACAAAUCUUAUGAGGAGAUGUUACCAAUCAUCAAUUAAAAGAUUCAAGAGAAUCCUAAACUAGCAGGUUUGGUUGAAGAGUAAAAGAAAGCACAAUAUGAAUCAUUUGUGGCCACUCUCCAGCAACUGUAAUAAUAAUAAUAACAAACCUAAUCCUAGCAAAUACCUAUCGUACCUAUUGUGAGUUAAUAAUAAUAAUAAUCGUAGGUUUAAUAGACCCAAUAAAUUUAAUAACAAUAAUAACAAUAAUAAUAAUAAUAAUAACAAUAAUAAUAACCAUAACAAUAAUAAUAACAAUAACAAUAAUAAUUAUAAUAAUAAUCUACUCAAAUUCAAGAAGAGCCUAUUUAAUAAUAAUAAUAAACCUCUGAAAAAGAUUAGAGUGAGAGAAAGAAGAAAAAGAAGAAGGAGAAAAAGGAGAAGAAGGAAAAAAAAUCAAAGGAAGAGGGCUCUGUUAGACAAGAUCUCAGUCAAGUUGAACCUGAAAAGUCUAAAAAUGUGAAAUAAGAGCAUGAACCUGAGCCUGGAGAAAUUCAGCCGAAUUAUGAUUUUAAUGAUUAGGAGAAAUCCAAAAGCAAAGGAAAGAAGCACCAUAAAAGUCAUCAUAAGAGCAAGAAGCAUCACAAAUAAUGA